AUGGUGAAGGUUCUAACUUACCUCGCUGCUGCGGCAAUCACUGCGUGUGCCCUAUCCACAUCUUCGGCUCACGAACAACCUACGGGACGAGUCCUCUCCAUUGAGCAACGUAAACUCUUCGCAGACAAUGCUCAAGUAGCGUUGGCUAAGUGCUCCAAGCUCCAAUCAACCCGCAGGCUUCAAGAACGUGCCGUAGCCCGACGUACUCAAGCCGUUGAGACACUACGCCUAGAUCGUCGACAACGGCGUCUUGAUGUCACCACUGUACUGGAAACAAGUCACAAGUCCAGUCUUACAGGCAUCACAGCGACAACGUCAGCUAGUGUCCUCUUUGGCUCGGCUGCUCCUUGUAUUGCAGAGCCUGAAGUCACCGAGGGUCCGUAUUACGUUCGUGGUGAGUACAUCCGUACCGACAUGCGUGAGCAACAGCCUGGUGUCACUAUGUACGUCGACGUCCAGGUGAUUGAUAUCAACUCGUGUGAUCCGGUGAAGGACAUGUACAUCGAUCUGUGGCACACUAACGCCACUGGAGUGUACUCGGGCGUGGUGGCAAGUACCAAUGGCAACAGCGCUGACAAAACCAAUCUCCAGAAUACGUUCCUACGUGGUGUCACCCCCACAGACGAAGACGGUGUCGCUCAAAUGACCUCCAUCUUUCCUGGACACUAUGCUGGUAGAACUACCCACGUGCACUUCAUCGGUAACUACGGCGGAACAGUUCUUUCGAACAAGACUUACUCGGGUGGGUCUGUUGCUCAUGUGGGUCAGUUUUUCUUUGAUCAAGACCUCAUUUCGUCGGUGGAGGCAGUGGAGCCGUACUCGACCAACAAACAGAGCACUACACUUAACUCAAGAGACAACAUCUUCAAGGAAGCUAGCGGAAACAGCUACGACCCCAUUUUCCAGUAUUCUCUGGUUGGGGAUACGGUGGAGGAUGGUGUGUUCGUUUGGAUAUCGGUGGCAGUUGAUAUGACGGCUGAACGGGAUGUUACAGCGGUGUCCACGCUAACAGGAAGCUCAGCUAUUGCUACCACAGGUGACACCAACACGGCACUCAGUGUGACCAAGCUUGGUGGAUUUGCUGCAUCACUAGCCGUACUCGCACCGAUGAUCUUCGCAAUCCUUUAG